CGCGCACUCGCGCAGGCGCGGGCACGGCGGUGGCGCGCGCGUGCUCCGUCGGGCGGUGCAGCGGCUGCGACGGAGCCGGCCAUGGUCGUGGGCGGUGGGCGGGUGUCGCGCUGAGCCCCGAAGGCAGCAGGAGGCAGGGAGCCGGGCAUGCGGGUGCGGGAGCCAGGCGGGCACGGCUGCGGGAGCUGCUGACGGCGCCGCGGGAUCGGGAGCCGGUGGCGGCGCGCGGGGCAGUCCAUCUUCUAAUCUGAAAAAGUCUUCCAUGACUAAUUCACAUGUAAAAAUAAGUUAUAUCAUAUAUUCCUAGAAGACUGAAAUGGGAGCUGUUAUUUUGAGGGCCCUGAGGUUAUGAAUGUGCGUCCUCCCUAGAAUGCCUCCUGCUAUGGCAGACAUCCUUGACAUCUGGGCAGUGGAUUCACAGAUUGCAUCUGAUGGCUCCAUAUCUGUCGAUUUCCUUCUGCCCACUGGGAUUUAUAUCCAGCUGGAAGUACCUCGGGAAGCUACCAUUUCUUAUAUUAAACAGAUGUUAUGGAAGCAAGUUCACAACUACCCAAUGUUUAACCUCCUUAUGGAUAUUGACUCCUAUAUGUUUGCAUGUGUGAAUCAAACUGCCGUGUACGAGGAACUUGAAGAUGAAACACGAAGACUUUGUGAUGUCAGACCUUUUCUUCCAGUUCUCAAACUAGUGACUAGAAGCUGUGACCCAGCAGAAAAAUUGGACUCAAAAAUUGGAGUUCUUAUAGGAAAAGGCCUUCAUGAGUUUGAUGCCUUGAAGGAUCCAGAAGUGAAUGAAUUUAGAAGGAAAAUGCGCAAAUUCAGUGAGGACAAGAUUCAGUCUCUAGUGGGGUUGUCUUGGAUUGACUGGCUAAAGCACACGUAUCCGCCCGAGCACGAGCCGUCUGUCCUGGAGAACUUGGAAGACAAACUUUAUGGAGGAAAGCUGGUUGUGGCUGUGCACUUUGAAAAUAGCCAGGAUGUAUUUAGUUUCCAAGUGUCUCCCAAUUUGAGUCCUAUAAAAAUAAAUGAAUUGGCAAUCCAGAAACGCCUCACUAUUCGUGGAAAGGAAGAAGCCAGCCCCUGUGACUAUGUGUUACAGGUCAGCGGGAGAGUGGAGUAUGUGUUUGGGGAUCAUCCACUAAUUCAGUUCCAGUAUAUCCGGAAUUGUGUAAUGAAUAGGACCCUGCCCCAUUUCAUCCUUGUGGAAUGUUGUAAGAUCAAGAAAAUGUAUGAACAAGAAAUGAUUGCCAUAGAGGCUGCCAUCAACCGAAACUCAUCCAACCUCCCUCUCCCUUUGCCACCAAAGAAAACACGAGUUAUUUCUCAUGUCUGGGACAACAACAACCCUUUCCAAAUUGUCUUGGUAAAAGGAAAUAAGCUGAAUACAGAAGAAACCGUGAAAGUUCAUGUCAGAGCCGGGCUUUUUCAUGGAACCGAGCUCCUGUGUAAAACUGUCGUAAGCUCAGAGAUAUCAGGAAAGAACGACCAUAUUUGGAAUGAACAACUGGAAUUUGAUAUUAAUAUUUGCGACUUACCAAGAAUGGCUCGAUUAUGUUUUGCUGUUUAUGCAGUUUUGGAUAAAGUAAAAACGAAGAAAUCAACAAAAACUAUUAAUCCCUCUAAAUAUCAGACCAUCAGGAAAGCCGGGAAAGUGCAUUAUCCUGUCGCAUGGGUAAAUACCAUGGUUUUUGACUUCAAAGGACAGCUGAGGUCUGGAGAUGUAAUAUUACACAGCUGGUCUUCAUUUCCUGAUGAGCUGGAGGAAAUGCUGAAUCCCAUGGGGACUGUGCAGACGAACCCAUACGCCGAGAAUGCUACUGCCUUGCAUAUUAAGUUUCCAGAGAAUAAGAAGCAGCCUUAUUAUUACCCUCCCUUUGAUAAGAUCAUUGAGAAGGCAGCUGAGAUUGCCAGUGGAGACAGUGCUAAUGUGUCAAGUCGUGGUGGGAAAAAAUUUCUUGCUGUACUGAAAGAAAUCUUGGACAGGGACCCCCUGUCUCAGCUGUGUGAGAAUGAAAUGGACCUUAUUUGGACUCUACGGCAAGACUGCCGAGAAAAUUUCCCACAGUCACUGCCAAAACUACUACUGUCAAUCAAGUGGAAUAAACUUGAAGAUGUUGCUCAGCUUCAGGCGCUCCUGCAGAUCUGGCCCAAGCUGCCCCCCAGGGAAGCACUGGAGCUCCUGGACUUCAACUAUCCAGACCAGUAUGUCCGAGAAUACGCUGUAGGCUGCCUGCGACAGAUGAGUGAUGAAGAACUCUCUCAGUAUCUUUUACAAUUGGUGCAGGUUUUGAAAUAUGAGCCUUUUCUUGAUUGUGCCCUUUCCAGAUUCCUAUUAGAAAGAGCCCUUGACAAUCGGAGGAUUGGGCAGUUUCUCUUUUGGCAUCUUAGGUCAGAGGUCCACACUCCUGCUGUGUCCAUACAGUUUGGCGUCAUCCUAGAAGCAUACUGUCGAGGAAGUGUAGGGCACAUGAAGGUGCUUUCCAAACAGGUUGAAGCACUCAAUAAGUUAAAAACUUUAAAUAGCUUAAUCAAAUUGAAUGCAAUGAAGCUGAACAGAGCUAAAGGAAAGGAGGCCAUGCACACGUGCUUAAAACAGAGUGCCUACCGGGAGGCACUCUCUGACCUGCAGUCGCCUCUGAACCCGUGUGUCAUCCUCUCAGAGCUCUAUGUUGAAAAGUGCAAAUACAUGGACUCUAAGAUGAAGCCCCUGUGGCUGGUCUACAGCAGCAGAGCCUUUGGAGAGGACUCGGUUGGAGUGAUCUUUAAAAAUGGCGAUGAUUUGCGGCAGGACAUGUUGACGCUGCAGAUGCUGCGCCUGAUGGAUCUGCUGUGGAAGGAAGCUGGCUUGGAUCUGCGGAUGCUCCCCUAUGGCUGUUUAGCAACAGGAGAUCGCUCUGGCCUUAUUGAGGUUGUGAGCACCUCUGAGACAAUCGCUGACAUUCAGCUGAACAGUAGCAACGUGGCUGCCACAGCAGCCUUCAACAAAGAUGCGCUCCUGAACUGGCUCAAGGAGUACAACUCUGGGGAUGACCUGGACCGAGCUAUUGAGGAGUUCACCCUGUCCUGUGCUGGCUACUGUGUAGCCUCUUAUGUCCUCGGCAUUGGUGACAGGCACAGUGACAACAUCAUGGUGAAGAAAACAGGCCAGCUCUUCCACAUAGAUUUUGGGCAUAUUCUUGGAAAUUUCAAAUCUAAAUUUGGCAUUAAAAGGGAGCGAGUACCUUUUAUUCUUACUUACGACUUCAUUCAUGUCAUUCAACAAGGAAAAACGGGAAACACAGAAAAAUUUGGCAGGUUCCGCCAGUGCUGUGAAGAUGCAUACCUGAUUUUACGGCGCCACGGGAAUCUCUUCAUCACCCUGUUUGCACUAAUGUUGACUGCAGGGCUCCCCGAGCUCACAUCAGUCAAAGAUAUACAGUAUCUUAAGGACUCUCUUGCCUUAGGGAAGAGUGAGGAGGAGGCACUGAAGCAGUUCAAGCAGAAAUUUGAUGAGGCCCUCAGGGAAAGCUGGACUACUAAAGUGAACUGGAUGGCUCACACAGUGCGGAAAGACUACAGGUCUUAGCGCCCGUCCCGCUCUGCCGCACCUGCCUGUUUGUUCCCCUUCCAUUUUGCACUUGCACUAUUGAACAUAACCCUGCCAGAAAUGCAAAGGGAAUGAAAUUGUGAAGUUCAGAACAUGGCAUCCGCAGAAUCUGGUCUGACCACCCCACACCCACCCUCUGUUCUCGAGUGCUUCCCAGGACUCAUCAUGAACAUCAUCAACGGCAUGGAGGCCCUUCCUGCUGACCGUGCACGCCGAGGAUGCUACUAGGGACUGCUGGGGAUCUUUUCUUUCUUUCUUCAGUAUUUGCUACUUUACCAGAGAGGUGUAUAUACUUCUUUUCAGUGUUGUGACCAAGUACUGCGACUCAGCAACAACUCAACACAUUUGGGGCUGGAAACUGUUCAAAGAAAGCUAUCCCCCCCCCCCUUUUAAAUUGUGUGAGCUACAAAUUACAUUCAUUAUGUUGAACAUAUUAUUUUUCAAAGGAAAUAUUUUAAACCUGUGAAAACUCACUAAUUUUGUUAAUAUUUAUCAUGAUGGCAUCAUUUCAGCCAGACUCGCUGAGAAUCUAUUGGUGGGGCAAAUAUAAUAUAUAUAUAAUAUAUAUAUAUGCUGCAUAUAUAUUUAUAAAAUUUCUAGUGGGAGUUCUAUAUAAAAAGAUGUUUCUUUGGUAUUCUUCAGCCUGUGUUUUAAAGUUUUACAAAAGCAGAGCUUUUUCCUAAGUUACUUUUCAGUUAACUGUGGAUCCAGUUCUUCCAGCCGCAUCAGUACUGAGGCACGUAUGAAUGCGGUUUCUCUAUGUAGCUCUGAGAGUUCAUUUCAUAGAAUACAAUACUUGAGCAGAUGUAUCCAAGGAAGCGAGCAAAUGAAACGGAAUCUAUUUAUGAAAUAAACUCAAGACCUAAAUUUCAGUAUUUUAGUAAUAUGCCAGCUGUUCUUAAUGUAUUUAUUAAAAUGUAUAACAAUGUGAUUUUUUCAAUGGUAUUAGUUCAAAUUGAAGUGGAUUCAUGCCACAUGGAAAUCUUUAAUUUAUUUGUUGAGGUACCAUAUAGUCAGGGUGCUAGGUGACGAGUGGUGUUAGCAUGUGCAAUAGGAACUACUGGUUUGCUGUAUACAUGGGCGUCAGGAUCCAGCAAAACUACUGCUUCUUCUCCAAAGACGCGUGGGAGCCCUCAGUCCUCAGUGGCAUGGGAAUACAACUGAGUACUUGCCCUGUGACUUCAGUUUUCUAUAGGAAUUUUAUUAAAGAGUGUUUAAUUUUGUUGUCCUUCUUAAUGUUCUCAGUCAAAUAAAUGGGUGGUUUCGGCUGUUUGGGGACAUGUGGGCGUGUUCUUUUAGGGAAGCACAGAGUCUUUGCCACCUGCUCCCACUGGGACUCUCCCAAGUGGCCACGUCAGGAGUGGGCUGGGGCUCGGGGCCUCUGCCCAGCUUCCCCUUGGACAGCCUGGGAGGCCUCUUGGGCCAAUGCAAGCCUAAGAGGAGGAGAUGUUUCCGUCAGUUUGCUGUUACAACCUCGUCUCCCCUGACUCUGCUGUACUGCAUGUGUGCAUGGUCGCAUGCACACGGGAAAGCCAUGGCAGCGUGGCUUAAUGGCUAGACACUGACAGUGCUCCAUCCCUGACUGAAUUGCUUGUCUCUGUCUGAGAAGAUGGACCGCAGAAAGCUUACCACCUCCUAGGAUGAAUUAACACUCUGGGCUGCACUAACAUCUGCUUGAACUCAUUAGCUCAUUAGCCACUGCCUUGACUUUGAGCAAGCUAUAUUUACAUAUCCUUAAAUGCCAAGCUUGGUAUGCCCCACAUUUCCUCUCUGGUUCUCAGCCAAAGGCCCAGACUCCCUCCAGGUUGGGUUUAAGACCUUGGUGUUAGUGUUUGGAGGAUUUCAGACUAGAGUUAGAACACUGCAAGGCAGCACAGCUGGAGGAUUAUCAAAUCCCAUGUGGACGGUGAUCACUCUCUGUUCCCGGCUGCAGGUGUUAACUGUGUCUCAUUGUAAGUUACUCAGAUUAGUCAGAUAUGAGCCCAAGUGUUGUGCUUCUGUGAUCUCAGCACUCAGGAGAAGCAGGAGCUCAAGACCAUGAGUUUGAGGGCAACAAACUCAGCUACAGUGAGUUUGAGGGCAACCUGGGUUACAUGAGACCCAUCCAUCAAGUAGAAAUGGUUUCUAGUAGUUUCUAAUUUGAUUUUCAGAAAUAGCUAUAUUCUUGCCACCCUAAAAUUAGAACUUCUGCCCAGAAGUUAUACUUCCUGUUCCCCUCAGAGGCACCCUAAGGAUACCGCUUACUCUCCUGCGGUUUGGUGGGUGCUCUUAAAAGAAGUGUCAAGCCUUAAGCAUGUGUUUCAUGCAUCUACCUUGGCCAGCUCCUGUUUUGGCCCCUUAGGGCAUAGUUAAAGACAGGCACUUGUGCUGCAACCUCUGCCAGUGGGUUACUUGGCAUUCUUGGAAAAUGCCUCUAUAAGAUUAGGUUGAAGGUAGGCCUGUAGGGCAUCUUCUUCAUUAGUGAUUGAUGUGGAAGGGCCCAGGCCGUGUGAGUGGUCCCACCGUGGGAUGGUGGCCCUGGGUGGUAUAAGAAAGUAAACUGAGCAGGCAGCAUUCCUCCGUGGCCUCUUCCAUGCCUGCCUCCGGAUUCCUGCCCUGACUUCGACACUGAGGGACUGUGAUGUGGAAGUGUAAGCUGAAAUAAACUCUUUCCUCCC